UCAACCUUCUAUACAUCCAACUCAGCAAUUUCAUGGAGGAGGUCCACCUCAUCUAAGGCCAGGAGGUCAUUCCCAAUUUUUCGUGCCCGCUUCCACUCAAGGAGGGGCUGAUUAUGUCCACCAUCAGCAGCAACAACAACAGCAAUAUGUACAAGUCCCACAUGCCGCAACAAAAGUUUUUGGAGGUGAAGGAGAACAUGGGGGUGGCGCUGGAGGUGGAGAAGCGCCUCAGGGUGUUGGAGUACUCAGUGGAUCGACGAGGGGUUCAAAUUUGCCAACAAUGAUUAGCCUAGGACAGAAAGGGGUAUCUUGCACUUUUAUUUUUUUUGUUAACCUGCACCUGCUUUAUUAACCUUUUCAGCACAAACCUUUUGUUAGCAGCGUUCCUUUACCGCCUGGAACUAACGUAAUUAACAGAAUAAACUUAUUAUAGAAGAUAAUUUCAUGCAGUCGAAUCUCAUUAUAAGAUACCUCCUUGAGGAUGAUUGUGUCUUAUAAUGAAAUGUAGCUUAAAUAGAGGGUAGCUUAAGAGAUGUAUCCUGUAUAGGAGGCAGGAGUUUUUAAAUAUAGUGAAGUAUAGGGUGUGUAUCUUAAAUAGAGGGGAGCUUAGGAGGUUGUCUUGUAUGAAGGGCAACUCUAUCUUAAAUAGAGUGGAGGUUUGGAGGAGUAUCUUAAAUAGAUGGUAAGUGUAUCCUAGAUAGAGGGGGACAUAGGAGGUUUAUCUUAAAUAGAGGUGAGCUUAGGAGACUUUUAAAUAGAGGAUGGCUUAGGAGGUUAUCUUAUAUGCAGGACAACUCUAUCUUAAAUAGAGGAGAGAUUAUGAGGUUUAUCAUGAAUGGCAUGCAAGCUCAUCGCUACUAUUAUCCUCCCAGAAUUCCACUUCCGUUGCCUACGUGUUUUCACAACCCUACGGGUUACCCCUGUUGCAAUCCAAAACUCAACGACCUAAUUGUGGAGACUUACACAAUGUUAGAGAGCAAACCGAGAUUUCAUACAUGCAAUAUUAAUGCUAUUGCACAGCACCUGCAGAUUAGGGCCGAGACGAGGUUUAACAUGUCUUUCGAGACCGUUGCUGCUUUUGACGAUUUUGCACAAAAAAUUCAUUUUGCCGGCGAUCUCGUGUGCAAAGUUGAAUUGGGUGGAAAGUAUAUGCUUGCCUACGCAACAGUGAAAGAUGUUUCACGAGUUCUCUCAGUCGAACCAAGCGAACAGCAAAAUGAAGACGGAGCUGAAGGUUCUGCGGCUUCUAAUAAUAUUUCUGGGAAGAGAAGAAAACGACAAGGUGAUUACUAUGUUAAGAGUGUUCAUUGA